AUGUCGAAUAUUAAUUUCCCGGAGCAAUAUAAAUAUUCAGGAUUCAAAGCAAAUAACUUGACAUUGGUGUGCAUAAAUAUACCUCCACACACCAAUUCUUAUGGCAUGCUUGCUUCUAAAAGAUUAUCAGAAUUCUCAACAUAUCCACUGCCUCUUCUUGAGUUGCAGAUUUUUGUUAUUUUCAUCUUCGCCAAUGCAUUUCAUUACAUGCUUAAGCCUUUGGGUGCUUCAUCAUUCGUCUCGUGCCUUUUCGCUGGAGUAGUUUUGGGACCAACAUUUCUUGGACAAUUUGAAUUUACUAGAAAAUGGUUUUUUCCGCAUGAAAGCCAAGACAGAAUCAUGUCAUUAGCAUUACUUGGAUAUAGUCUCUUCUUAUUUCUCAGCGGGGUCAAAAUGGACGUCGGAAUGGUACUCCGCACCGGAACUAAGGCAUUAUCGAUCGGAGUUUUAUCCGUAACAUUACCGUUAGUACUAGGGCUAAUAUAUGUAAAUUCCAGAGCCGAAUAUUAUCUAUCCGAAGUUGAUUUUCUCGCAAGUUGGUGUCUAACUUUGAUUCAUGCUAUUACAUGUUUUCCGGUCACUUCUUACAUGAUCAGUCAUCAACUAAAAAUUUCGCAUUCGGAACUCGGUCGGUUAUCAUUAUGUUCAUCGUUAGUUGCGGAACUUCUUGGCAUUAUUACGAUAAUCGCAUUUAACCUAGUUGAUACAGGGUUAUGGGUAUUAGUUGUUAGGUAUUUUAAAUACAUUCUCUUCUUUGUUCUUGCUCUAAUAUUUAUACUACGGCCCGCAAUGAAUUGGGUCAUCAGAAAAACUCCGGAAUCGAAACCAAUCAGUAGUUUUUACAUUUACGUUAUUCUGGCGAUUGCCCUAGGAUCGGAAAUAUUCUUUAGUUGUCUUCGUCAAGUUCAGUUUUUGGGUCCGUUUAUCGUCGGUUUAGCUGUGCCAGCGGGAGCUCCGUUAGGAUCGGCUUUCGAAGAGAAGUUUGGAUCUUUUACCGUAGCUGUUCUUUUCGAAAUUUUAACAGUGACGUCGAUGAUGAGGGCGGAUUUAUUUUUAGUCAUAUCGGAAUAUUAUAAGUUGAAGAAAUAUAUCAAAUUGAUUUUGAUUACUUGUGGAACCAAAUUGUUAUCUUCUUUGUUUCCUUCUAUGAUUGCCAGGGUUCCUUUGGUUGAUUCUAUGGCACUUUCUUUCAUUAUGAACUAUAAAGGCAUUGUUGAACUAUGUUUGGCUGUUAUUUUCAGAGACACUAGGAUGAUAAGUGAAGAGAUAUUUGCCCUAGUAGCAUUAUCCAUUUUAUUAAACGCCGCCAUCAUUCCGGUCAUCGUUAAAUUUUUCUACAAUCCUUCAAGAAAAUAUGCAGGCUAUCAAACAAGAAAUAUCACAAGUUUAAAACCAAAUGCUGAGCUCAAAGUUCUUGCUUGUGUUCACAGACCUGAUAAUGUAGCUUCGAUCAUAAAACUUCUCGAUGCAUCUUAUCCGACAAAAGACAGACCAAUCGGCGUUUAUGUCCUUCAUCUAAUCAAGCUAAUCGGAAGAACUACCCCAAUCAUGAUAGCCCACUCGAAACAGAAACCGGUUUCUAACUCGAGCUCGAAAAAUGUCAUCCAUGCAUUCAAUCAGUUUGAGAAAACGAAAUGGGGCACCGUGUCAAUCCAUUUGUUUACGGCGAUAUCUACGUAUGAUUUGAUGCAUGAGGAUAUUUGCACUCUUGCUCUCGAUAAACUCACUUCCUUAAUAAUAAUUCCACUCCAUCGAAAGUGGUCGAUACAUGAAUACAUUGAAUCCGAGGACAAAAAUUUAAGAGCUCUAAACCGAAAAGUCCUCGAGAAAGCCCCUUGCUCAGUCGGGAUUUUUUUCGACCGUGGCGGGCUCGGACAUUAUAAAAAUACAUCGUCGGAUGAGUCGCAUAAGCUUCAAUUGUGUAUGUUCUUUUUUGGAGGGAAAGAUGACCGUGAAGCCUUGACUUUAGCAAAACGAAUGUCGAGAGACGCGAAUGCAUUCCUGACGGUCAUACAUUUCGUCGCUAAGGACAUAAUCGUAGAAAUCGAAGAUAGAAUUGUGGACGCAUUAUUAUUAGAUGAUGUCAAGAGAAGGGCUAAAAAUGUUUACGAAAACGUAGAGUACAUAGAGCGUGUUGUGAGAGACGGACAAGAAACGUUAGCAUUUGUUCGUCAAAAGGCGAAAUUGUAUGAUCUUUUUAUAGCAGGAAGACGGUAUGAGAUUUCGUGUCCACAAACGGCGGGACUAGCAGAAUGGAGUGAAAUUCCAGAGUUAGGUGUGAUCGGAGACUAUUUGGCUUCUAAAGAUUUGGAAACAAGAGCUUCUGUUUUAGUGGUGCAACAACAAAAACAAAUCAAGAGACUACAAUAG